GCGGUGCGCUGUCACUUCGUGAGCAGUUUGAACGACUUAAAGAAAUCGACGUUUUAUUGAAAUAGUUGUUGUUACUGUGGAUGGUGUGUCUGCCGAAUUAAUCAGUGAACACCAAUGGUUCUUUAAAAGCCCUAAAGUCUUGUUUUACUAGCCGUGGACGUUUGCCUAUAAGCGAGACCAUCCUGAAGGAGGGGAAGCUGAUGAAGCAGACCAACUCGUUCCAGCGCUGGAAGAGACGCUACUUCAAACUGCGAGGCCGGACGCUGUACUACGCCCAGACCGCCAAGUCGAUCAUCUUUGACGAGGUGGACCUGACCGACGCCAGCGUGGCCGAGUCCAGCACCAAGAACGUCAACAACAGCUUCACGGUCAUCACCCCCUGCAGGCGUUUGAUUCUGUGUGCUGACAACAGGAAGGAGAUGGAGGAGUGGAUGGCAGCGCUGCGCAGCGUGCAGAACAGACAGCACUACGAGUCCACUCAGUACAGCAUGGAUCACUUCAGUGGGAUGCACAACUGGUACGCCUGCUCUCACGCCCGGCCCACCUACUGCAACGUCUGCAGGGAGGCUCUGUCCGGAGUGACAUCACACGGCCUGUCCUGCGAAGUGUGUAAGUUCAAGGCCCAUAAGCGCUGUGCGGUGCGGGCCACCAACAACUGCAAAUGGACCACGCUGGCUUCCAUCGGGAAGGACAUCAUCGAGGACGAGGACGGGGUGUCCAUGCCUCACCAGUGGCUGGAGGGGAACCUGCCGGUGUCGGCCAAGUGCAGUGUGUGUGAUAAGACGUGCGGCAGCGUGCUGCGGCUGCAGGACUGGAGGUGUCUGUGGUGCAAAGCCAUGGUGCACUCGGGCUGUAAGGAGCAGCUGUCCUCUAAGUGUCCUCUGGGGCAGUGCAAAGUGUCUGUGAUCCCGCCCACCGCGCUCAACAGCAUCGACUCCGACGGGUUCUGGAAGGCGUCCUGCCCCCCCUCCUGCACCAGUCCCCUGCUGGUGUUUGUUAAUUCUAAAAGUGGAGACAAUCAGGGAGUGAAGUUCCUGCGACGCUUCAAGCAGCUGCUGAACCCGGCGCAGGUGUUCGACCUGAUGAACGGAGGGCCACACCUGGGUCUGCGGUUGUUCCAGAAGUUUGAUACCUUCAGGAUCCUGGUGUGUGGAGGAGACGGCAGCGUCGGCUGGGUUCUGUCUGAGAUCGACACGCUCACCCUGCACAAACAGUGCCAGCUGGGCGUGCUGCCGCUGGGCACGGGGAACGACCUGGCCCGCGUGCUGGGCUGGGGCUCGGCCUGCGACGACGACACGCAGCUGCCUCAGAUCCUGGAGAAACUGGAGCGAGCCAGCACCAAGAUGCUGGACAGAUGGAGUAUUAUGGUUUACGAGACCAAGUUUCCACGGCAACACUCCGCCUCCACCGUCACCGAGGACUGCAGCGAGGACUCUGAGGUGCAGCAGAUUCUCACCUAUGAAGACUCAGUGGCUGCUCACCUGUCCAAGAUCCUGACCUCAGACCAGCACUCUGUCGUCAUCUCCUCCGCCAAGGUUCUGUGUGAGACGGUGAAGGACUUUGUGGCUCGCGUUGGAAAAGCCUACGAGAAAACCACCGAGAGCUCGGAGGAGUCAGAGGCCAUGGCCAAAAAGUGCGGCGUCCUGAAGGAGAAGCUGGACUCUCUGCUGAAGACGCUGAACGAGGAGGCGGCGGCCUCCACCGCGCUGCCCCCGGCCCCGCCCCCCACCAUCGCCGAGGAGCAGGAGGAGGGCGAGGGAGUCGUGUUGCCGUCUCCUCUCCAGGCCCCGCCCACCUCCGCCUCCUGCUCCCCCCGCACCACCACCUCCUCCUCGGCGGCGGCGGCCAUCUUUAAGCCGCGGGAGCAGCUGAUGCUGCGAGCCAACAGCCUGAAGAAAGCCAUCCGGCAGAUUAUAGAGCACACAGAGAAAGCGGUGGACGAGCAGAACGCCCAGACGCAGGAGGUGUUUGCUCUGCGAGGAGCGGCGGAGGAGGAGGAGGUGGAGGAGGUGGCGGUGGUGGAGGAGGAGGAAGAGGAGGAGGAGGAAGAGGAGGACAAAGUGUCAGUGCAGUCGUCGUACAGCUCGAGGACCCGCAGCGCACGCAGAGUCAGUAAGACACCCUGUGAGAAGCUGAUCAGCAAGGGCAGCCUGUCGUUGGGCAGCUCCGCGUCACUUCCUGUCCAGACAGGAAGUCGGGACAACAUGCCCAUGCUGAACACAAAGAUCCUCUAUCCUGGCUUCAGGGCUGGUAUCUCUGGCUCUCUGUCCAGCAGCUCUGUGAUCAGUCGCCUGCUGGUGAACGCCGACCCGUUCAGCUGUGAUCCUGACAACAUGGACUGCUACACAGAGAAGUGUGUGAUGAACAACUACUUCGGCAUCGGCCUGGACGCCAAAAUCUCCCUGGACUUCAACAACAAGAGAGACGAGCACCCCGAGAAGUGCAGGAGUCGCACUAAGAACAUGAUGUGGUAUGGAGUUCUUGGAACCAAGGAGCUGCUGCACAGAACCUAUAAGAACCUGGAACAGAGGGUUCUGCUGGAGUGUGAUGGCCGUCCCAUCCCCCUCCCCAGCCUGCAGGGCAUCGCUGUGUUAAACAUCCCGAGCUACGCUGGAGGAACCAACUUCUGGGGAGGAACCAAGGAGGACGAUACGUUCACCGCUCCGUCGUUCGAUGAUAAGAUCCUGGAGGUGGUGGCCGUGUUCGGCAGCAUGCAGAUGGCCGUGUCCAGAGUCAUCAACCUGCAGCACCACCGCAUCGCACAGUGUCGGACAGUGAAGAUCACCAUCCUGGGCGACGAGGGCGUCCCGGUGCAGGUGGACGGGGAGGCGUGGAUCCAGCCGCCGGGCUACAUCAAGAUCAUCCACAAGAACCGGACCCAGACCCUGACCAGGGACCGGGCCUUCGAGAGCACGCUGAAGUCAUGGGAGGACAAGCAGAAGUGCGAGUUUCCCCGGGCUCCGCCCCCUCAGCCCCCGCAGCCCCCCCUCUCCUCCCAGCCAGAGAUCGUCUCUGAGGAAGAGGCGUCACUCGUCAGCCAGUUUGGCCAGGCAGCAGGAGCCCUCAUCCACAGCAUUCGAGAGAUCGCCCAGUCCCACCACAGCAUGGAGCAGGAGCUCGCUCACGCCGUCAACGCCAGCUCCAAGGCCAUGGACGUGGUCUACGCCAAGUCCAAGAGCUCCGGGGCCUUGAGCUGCAGCGUUGUCAUCCAGAUGGUCAGUAACGUCAAGGCUUUGCACAGUGAGACGGAGCUGCUGCUGGCUGGGAAGAUGUCCAUGCAGCUGGAUCCUCCUCAGCAGGAGCAGCUGAACGCGGCUCUGAGCUCCGUGGCCCAGCAGCUGCGCAGGCUGGCGGACGUUCCCUGGUUGUUCCAGCUGAUAGAACCGUCGGACCACGAGGGUCCGCUGACAGAUUUCUCCAAGCGAAGUCGAAGUGCCAAGUUCCGUCUCGUCCCGAAGUUCAAGAAGGACAAGAACAACAAGAACAAGGAGACCUGUGCCACUCUCUCACUGCCAGUCCACCAGUGGGGCACGGAGGAGGUGGGGGCGUGGCUGGAGCUGCUCUGCCUCAGCGAGUAUAAAGAGAUCUUUAUCGGACACGACGUCCGAGGAGCCGAGCUCGUCCAGCUGGAGAGGAGGGACCUGAAGGACUUGGGGGUGACGAAGGUGGGCCAUAUGAAGCGCAUCCUGCAGGGUAUCAGAGAGUUGAACAGGAACAGCAGCGCCAGCGAGGCCUAGGCGGCGUCUGCUGCCUGCUGUCCCGCUGCCUCUGCUGCUGCCCGCCGCCUCAGCCGUCCGAGCUGACCUCUGACCUCCUGACGCCGAGCGGCCGCAGCUCCCAGGCCUGACCCGCCCCGCCGCCGUGGCCCCGCCGCCGUCCGCCGAGACGUGACUCUUCUGCUGAACCGCUGUCAGACGUCGCCGCGGUGCGUCAGAAAGAAAAAGAUAAAACACUCGUCUCGCCGAGCUGGCGUUGCCACGGCAGCCGAAACAGACGCUGCCCUCCAAAAAAAAACUUUGACUCCGCCCCCCCCUUCCCUCCAGCAGCAGCAGAACCUCAACGCAGAGACGGACGGGAUCAAGAGCCAAUCAGACGACGACCCAGUAGUGCCUUUCAUCCCGCCCCGCCGCCGCCCCACUGCCCAAUCAGCCAGCGGUGCAGGCGGCGAGGGGGCGGGGCAAACCACAGCCAAACAUUUAUCUACCUUCACAGAGGAGCGAGGAGGUCAUGUUGUUCUCCUCGCCGUCAGCACAGAGCCAACAUGGCCGCCGCCGACACGGCUGCCAGCACGGCGGCAGGCAGCGCUCACACGGGCCGUUCAGCGUGCGUGAGGCUGCGUCGUUGUGGGCGGAGCCACAAACCUCCCGGGACCGUCUGAGCGAAAGUUCAUUGGCUGGUGAAGUUUGAGAGCAGAUGUUGAAACUGAAACCCAGGGCCAGCUGUUUGUUAUGAUUAUCAAUGUAAGACAUAUAAUGAUCAAUAACAUUUGUGGGAGAUGUGGCUCCGCCCACCUCGCAGCUCUGUCUGACCCGGGACAGAGCCCGUCCCGCCUGCCGCCGACGGCCACGACCCAGAACCUCCCGGAACGCAGAACGUCCCUUUAACCUCCGAACGCCUCACAGCCGUCAGCGUCCCAGGCCGGACCGUCUGCAGCCACACGGGGGCGCCACACGGGGGCGCCCCCACCCGACAAGGAAGCAUAGGACGCCGUGCCACACUUCCUGUACGGGACAGGAAGUGACCUCGCCGGCUCGCCGAGUUCCCUCAGGGAAGACGAGGACGAGCCGACGGACUUCAGAGUUUUAUACUGAAAUAUUUAUUUCUGACACGUCCCAGUCCAUGUUCUGCCUCCCAGUCCAGUUUGUGUCUUUGUAACAGGAAGUGAGUCACACAGCGGGGGAGGGGGGGAAGGGAGGGGAGGGGGGCGGGACGUCCUGUCUGCUCCCAGGACGGGAUCCCGCCCACAAACUUUAUCUAUUUUUUCUUCUUCUUCUGUGUUUAAAUGCUGCAGUCAGACGCCUUUAACCCUUUGAACUCCGAGCAAAUUCACUUGAUUUCUUUGACAAACGCGGGGAAAGGUGAUGAGCAAAGGACCCGAAAAUUAAAAAAAAAAAAAAAAAAACAGUUGGCAAUAAAAUUACCAGAAAUUACCAAAAAAAUUAAAAUAUUACUGGAAAAUUAACGGAAGAUAAAGCAAAAACAAACAAACAAACAAAAAAAAAACACAAGAAAACUCUUCAUUCCAAGCCAGCUAUAAGAAACAGAGUAAAUUGAAAACUAAAUGACAAUAAAUUCCCCAUAAAAUUUGUUCAAAAGACAAAUUCCCCCCAAAAAAUGAAAAAUAAAAGAGAUGAAGUGAAUUUUUUUCAGGAGGGGAAAUAAAACCUUUCAAAAUAGGGUUAAUGUGUACACACAGUAAAGACGACACAAACCUGAUUUAUUGAGUAAAAAAAUAGUUUUUCCUGAUGCCCCUCGUCUUCGCCCUCCCACGUGAAAACCUUUGGUGUUUAAACUCUGAAGAAAAUGUACCAAUCCUUAAUUCAGUGAAUAAUCCACGUGGAUUAUUCAGGCCUUAACAGUCGAGUUCCCUUUAACGCAGCGCCGGCUCCGGACCGGCCGAGGGGGUUUUUGUUUUUGGGUUCUGGCUGAUCUCAGGUCUGAUUCUGACGCAGCAGAAGCUCACGUGUCACUUUGCAGGCUGACAGUCAGCUGAUCCCACCUGGAGUUUCCACGUUUACAUCGUGUUUUUUGGGUUGUUGUUGUUUUGUUGUUUUUUUCUGGCUCUAAUCCAGAACUGUGGUGCUGCCUUCAGGUGCCGCAGGGGAAAGUCCGACAUCUGGGACUUUGGUCAUCUGAUAAACAACCUUAUGUUCUUUGACUGUGCACACGUCACGUGUACGGAUGUUCCUCUCUAUGAGAUAUUUGCCUUUGGCGUCACCAUGGUUACAAAAAAAAAAAAAACCCCAGAUAUGAAAUGUCGAUGGCCUGUGAUUAUUGCAGUUAGAUUUAACAGUAGUUUAUUUGUUUUUUUGUUUUUUUUAACCUUGGACUAUGACAAACAGCCGAGUCAUCCUUUCAGAGGCGAUCAUCGUCAUGACUCAGCAGUCAAAUUGACUUUGAGCUUUUAACACAAGCGUUUAACCCUUUGAAAACCAAGCAACUUCACUGCACUUGGAAAAGGUGAUGAGCAAAUUAGAAAGAAAAUGACCUGUGGAAAAAACAACAACAACAACAACAACAGUGGAUUAUGGAAAACUGCUGAGUCAUCCUUCCAGAGCUUUAAAAGUUUCUUGCAGAAAGUGGAGCGAAUCGCUUCGUCCCCGCUGAGGUCCACACACCAGAGAGGAGCUUUUCUUUCACAAUAAAACGACGUGAAGCAGGUGAAGUGACGUGUUGGCGGUCUGAGCUCCGGCCUCGCCCUGAAGGUGACGCCUGCUCUUCUGCUGCGCCGAGGAAAAGCCAAACUGUCGGUACAACUGCCUUAAAUCAGCCGUCGAUCACAUAUCAGUCAGUCAGACCUGAGCAGCGUCUCAACACAAAGAAACUUCUGGAAAAUGUGAAAACCGCAAAUUAUCAACGUUUUUUUUGUUUUUGUUUGUUUUUUGCCCUGCAGAUAAACAGAAAAGUGGGAUGCAUGCUUGUUUCUCUGAUUCUCUGAUCUGAAUCAGGAAACUGGCGGAGGGGAAGGCGACACUGAGAUCUGGAUUCCUUUCCUCUGAAAUCUGAAAUGGAAGACGUUCUGUCGGGGUGGACCCUCGGCGCCGUCUAAAUCCAAGUUUACACAAUUUUUGUCAGUUCAGAUCAGAAACCCGGGCUCCUCGGGGUCAGACGGACCAAACUAACUGUCCCGUUUGGAUUUUAUUUCCGAGGUUAGGGAUUGAUAUUUUACCUUUACUUCCCAACCUUAAUUUUCCAAAUGUACAGCAAAAUUAGAAAACUUUACAUGCAAAAAAAAAUAAAAUAAAAUAAAAAUUUAAUUCUAGUUUUCUGCUGAUCUGAGGGGUAAAACGUUGAUCUUUCAGAAUUCUGGACACGAUUUUGUGAUUUUUUUUUGUUUUUUAUUAUUAUUUUUCCAGAUGUUUUGUUUGUGCUAGGGGGAGCCUCAGAUAACGCAGGACCUUUAUUUUGAUAUUUCAGAGCACAGACGCUGCCUUCAGGGCCUCUGCCUCACACUCGCCCUCAUGAAGCCUCUUAACCUGCGGGCCGGACAAACCAAACCGCCUCAGGGUCCUGGUUCUGCUGGACCUGCUGGACCUGCUGGGUUCAUCUCUCAGACGGUCCUGCAGGGUUCCCAGAGUUCCCGGAGUUCUCCUGGGAAUGUGUCCGGGCUGGUUUUCCAGUCGCUGGAAACAACCUGGAAAAUUUGAAAAUACGUAAAAUGUCCCAUUU